AUGUCUCCCAUUGCAGAGAAGGACCUCAUCAGCCAUGAGAGGCUCGCCACCUCCGGCAAGAUCAUGGGCAAAAGCACAGGAGCUGAGUCUAAAACAGGCUCACGCCUAACAGCCGAACAUGACCUGGUGCUGAGGACUUUUCGUCUUCUGAUCGCGGACUUAUGUCAGCAGUUCAAAGGAGGCCAUCCGGGCGGCGCCAUUGGUAUGGCAGCAAUUGGGGUGGCUUUGUGGAAAUAUGUCAUGAGAUACUCACCUCGUCACCCUGAUUUCUUCAACCGGGACCGGUUUGUCCUGUCGAACGGCCACACUUGCCUGUUCCAGUAUACGUUUCUUCACCUGACAGGCUAUGAGGCCAUGACAUUGGAUCAACUGAAGUCUUAUCAUUCGUCACGAGAAGACGCCCUUUGUCCCGGACAUCCUGAGAUCGAACAUGAAGGGAUCGAAGUGACGACCGGACCUUUGGGCCAAGGCAUUUCCAACGCCGUCGGCAUGGCCAUGGCGACGAAGCAUUUGGCCGCUGAGUUCAACAGACCCGGCCACGACCUAGUGACGAACCAUACUUGGUGUAUGAUCGGCGAUGCUUGUCUUCAAGAAGGUGUUGCCCUCGAGGCGAUUUCUCUGGCAGGGCACUUCCGAUUGAACAACCUGACCGUGAUCUACGACAACAACCAAAUCACAUGCGAUGGAUCGGUGGAUCUGACCAACACCGAGGAUGUGAACGCCAAAAUGCGUGCUUGCGGAUGGGACGUGAUCGACGUCCAAGAUGGCUGUUACGACGUGGAAGGCAUCAUCGCCGCGCUCAACAAGGCCCGUGCUUCAGAAGAGAAGCCAACCUUCAUCAACGUCAGAACCGUCAUCGGCGUCGACAGCGCCGUGGCCGGGUCGGCCGUGGCUCAUGGAGCGGCCUUUGGCGACAAGGCUGUGGCCGACAUGAAGCGUGCCUAUGGAUUCAACCCCGACGAAUUCUUCGUGAUUCCUGACGCAGUGCGCGAGUUCUUCGCCGACAUCAGACCUCGUGGCCAGAAACUGGUCGAAGAGUGGAACCGCAAGCUCGAUGCCUACAGCAACGAGUAUCCGGAACUGGCCGCCGAGUUCGAGGCUCGACGAAACGGCCAACUGCCUUCGGACUGGAGCUCACUCAUCCCCAAGGAAUUCCCUUCCAAAGACACGGCAACGCGUGCAUCUUCCGGCCUGGUCUUCAACCCGAUCGCCGAAAAAGUCAAAGCGUUCAUGGUCGGCACGGCAGACCUGUCGCCCUCGGUCAACAUGAUCUGGAAAGGCAAGGAGGACUUCCAGCACCCCGGCCUCCGCACGCAAUGCGGCAUCAACGGGAGCUACCGAGGACGAUAUAUCCAUUACGGGAUCCGCGAGCAUGCGAUGGCAGCCAUAGCGAAUGGUCUGGCCGCUUAUUCCCCGAACACGAUUAUCCCCGUGACUUCGUCAUUCUUCAUGUUCUACCUGUACGCCGCACCCGGCGUUCGGAUGGGCGCUCUCCAACACCUGCACAUCAUCCACCACGCGACACACGACUCCAUCGGCAUGGGUGAAGACGGACCUACCCACCAACCGAUCGAGCUGGCCGCACUGUACCGCGCCAUGCCGAAUCUGCUGUACAUCCGACCAGGAGACAGCGAGGAGACGGCCGGUGCAUGGAUGGCCGCCAUCGAAGCCACCCACACGCCUUCCAUCAUUUCGACCUCGCGCCACGCCGUCCGACAGCUCGCCCCCAAGACGAGCCGCGACGGUGUCCGCCGCGGUGCUUAUGUGAUUGAAGAAGACGCGGACGCCGAUCUGACCAUCCUCGGUGUCGGGGCUGAGCUCGGUCUGGCGCUCGAUCUAGCUGCCCGGCUGCGUGAAACUGCUGGUCUACGUGUGCGCGUGGUUUCGUUCCCGUGCCAGAGGUUGUUCGAGAAGCAGUCUCUCGAGUACAGACGCCAGACAUUGAACAGGGCCUCGGGAAAGCCGACCAUCGUCAUCGAACCGUACGCCGCAAUGGGGUGGGAACGAUAUGCCGACGCCGCGGUGUGCAUGAGCACCGACAGAUUCGGGCAGUCGCUGCCCGGUCCUAAGGCGUACGACUACUUUGGCUUCACGGUGGACAAGAUCGUGCCGAAGAUCCAAGGGUAUUUGGCGAAGAGGAAGGCCGGCGACAUUUUGCCCGGGGAAUUUUAUGAGAUGACGAGGUAG